AUGGCCAUUUCCCACGUUUGGUCAGAUGGCACUGGAACUGGGGCUUGGGAGGAUGGAUCGGUCAACACGUGCCUCUACGACUUUUUUGUGGACAUUGCGCACCAGCUUCAAUGCGACGGUAUCUGGUGGGAUACACUUUGUAUUCCUAGUGGAAAGGCUGCCCGCAAUAAAGCUACUAAGAACAUCCAAACCGCCUAUGAAAACGCUCGAAUCACCUUAGUCCACGAUUUGUUUCUACGCAACUGGAAAUGGAACCCGGAAACGGCAUGCUUUGCGAUCCUAAUGUCUCCUUGGUUCAGUCGAGGUUGGACUGCUCUUGAACUGAUGAAGUCUCGGAGGGUGAUGGUUAUCUUCAAGGGGAAGAAGGGGCCAGUUAUUAAAGAUCUUGAUGUGGAGAUUCUGGCACAAGAUAAUGAGCCCGAUGGCCCACGUAAAGAGGCUUCCAUGAUAAUUAGGAAGCUCCGGCGCAGGGUUGAUACUUUGGACGAUCUCCUCCGUGUGCUGAAGCCGCGUCAUACAUCGUGGACUUAUGACAUGUCCAACAUCGCUGCUCUGCUGAUUGAUACUGAGCCAAAGGAAAAUCCGCAGGAAACCUUCAAGAGUAUUCUGAAAGAAAUUGGAAAGACUUCACCUGGCCAUCUUUUUCACAAGGCUAUCACAUUCAAUGACAGCUUUACCUGGUGCCCUGUUGAUUUCUUGAAGGAUAUGCGUUUAAGCGACUCUGAAAGUUCACUUGAAAUCCUCAAUAACGGCGAUGUUAGAGGACGAUGGCUUAUUGUCCCUUUCCCAGAAAGAUUCGAACAAACAUUCAUGCUGGAUCAACUACACGAAAUGGCUAGAGUCAAAACUCGAAAUGCUCUAAGAUCUCCGCAACAGUGUCGACUGUUAGCUGACUGCAAUGCAGCGUCAGUAAACGAAGUGUUGCUAGUAAGAGAGAUCACUGAGAAUCGAUUUGAGUACAUUACUGCCAUUUCUCUAAGCCAAGAAUUCGAAGCUCAAAAUUUUCGGAUCAAGUCGAACGUGAUCAUUCUCUCGGGACCUCUAAGUGCAAAUGAGACACCCAUUGGCUCUGAACAGAGACCAUAUAUCACCACUUCUAAAGAUGAAACACUUCACUCCGCCAUUUGGAAAGGAGACUACGGUUCGUUCCGGCGACUCCUUGAGCCACACUCUAUCAAAAGUCGGGAUCAGCUUGGUAGACUGCCACUUCACCUUGGAGCCGAGCGAGGACAUCAAAGAAUGGUCAAUGAUUUGCUUUACCAGAACGCUGACUCAACCGCACAAUGUCGUGAAGGGGAAACAGCCUUGCACCGAGCCGCAUGGUCAGGAUCUGCGCCUAUCGUGAAGCUCCUCAGGAGUGGCGAUAAUUUGAGGCUGAAGGACAGGCAUGGGGAUACUGCGCUGCACGUUGCUUCGCAGAUGGGGUAUGCUUAUGUAGUGAAGCUUCUCAUUACACGACGCACCCUCAAUGGUGGAAAUGUUGAUGGUUUGACCCCUCUCCAUUAUGCGACUAUGAAUGGCCACGUAGAAGUGGCAGAUUUACUGAAAGACGCCGACUUGAAAGCGAAAGACAAUCUUUUUGGCUGGACACCACUACAUUGCGCCGCCGAUCACGGGGACGAAGUCAUGGUCCAAAGGCUCAUAAGCCGAGGCGCAGACGUCAAUGCACGAGACGACAUUGUUGAAUGGAGACCCUUACAUUUUGCCUCGAUGAACGGCCAUAAGUUGGUCGUCAGCCUCCUAUUAGAAAAAGGUGCGGAUCCUGCGCCACUCGACAUCCAUGGGUGGACACCUUGGAGAUUCGCGAGAAUCAAUGAGCAUAAGGAGCUGCUGGAUCUCCUGCCUACGGAUGAUGCUGCUUGGUCUUUUCCAGAGGAGCCUUUUUGGACAUCGUUGCACUGCAAAGCAGUCAAUAAGCAGCCGGGAUUUACAAAAGGUCUAGCCCGAUACGAUGAGUCUUCUGAUCCAGGGUUUUACUUGGACAAUAUAUCUCUGCCCCUGGGUCCAUUGAAAUUUGCAGCGGAAGCAAACCUUGAGGUUGCAGUCCCACUAUUGCUUCGAGCGAAAAACCCCGGAGAGGAAGAAUUGAAGAAGUUAUUACAUUGGGCUGUUCGAAACAGCUGUAUGGCGCUUACGCGCACUCUGAUCGACUCUGGCGUUGACAAGGAGACUACUAACCAGCAUGGGAAAACCCCACUACACCGUGCCUCGAUGUCUGGUGACCAUGUCAUUGUGCAGCUCUUGCUCGAAGCGGGCGCAAAAAAAGAGGCUUUGGCCCCGUUCAGGACAAUGCCACUUCAUUUAGCUGCUUCAAAGGGAAACACGAGAGUGAUACGUCUUCUGAUUAACGAGGGGGCACCAAAAGAGGCUACUAAUGAGUCGGGUCAUACUCCGCUACACAUGGCGGUCAUUUCAGGAAAGGAGAGAGCAGUACGUCUGUUGGUUGAAGAGGGUGUGAACAAGGAAGCUACAGAUAGCAAAGAUAUGACUCCACUGUUCUCGGCCAUCAAGACAUACAACACGUGUAUUGCACGACUUUUUAUUGAAAAGGGUGCUAACAAAGAUACACGCAUUGUUAAGGAAGGAGUUACUCCACUAUGCUGGGCCGUCAAGCAAGGAGAUGAAGAGCUUGUGCAGUACCUAGUAAAUACUGGUGCCAACAAAGAGAUAUCCGACAGGAAAAGAAUGACACCCCUCUUGUUAGCCGCUUCACUUGGACAUGAAGCGAUAGUCGAAUUCCUGCUUGAUAAUGGCGCUGAUUUGGAGGCAUCUGAUUAUACUGGUCAUACCUCGUUACUGAUUGCGACAAAAAUUGGAAAUGAACCAAUUGUGAAAGCCUUGAUCUCAGCAGGUGCAUGGAAGGAAACCAAAGCACCAAGGGAAACCAAAAUACCAGAUGGAGUCAAAUCUGACGAAGUACCGGAACCCCCUUUCUCAUCCAUCGAAAUAUUCCCUAGGGACACCUACGACAUUGACUACGGCUGUCCUAACGUUCACGAUGGACCCGGCUAUUAUCUCCAGCCCCUAGACGUUCCCUAUGACUCAGAGUUUAGAGAAAGUGAUGACCCUAAGUUAUAUCGCGCAGGUGGACUCACACCAUUACACUGGGCCAUUAUCAAUGGCCAUGAAAGCAUGUUUCGUUUUCUACUUCAAAGCGGCGCUCACAUAGAGGCUCGUGAUUUGUAUAGAAUGACUCCACUUCUUUGGGCGGUGUCAAAGGAAAAUGAAGAAAUGGUACGGCUGUUGAUUCAGAAGGGGGCUAAAAUGGAAGUCGGCUCCUGGGACUCAAGAACGCCCCUUCACUGGGCCGUGUUCUGCGGAAAUUUAUCGAUCGUCCGCCUCCUACUCAACAUGGGUGCCGAGACAAAACGCAUUGACGAGAAAGGUUCUCUGGCAUGGCAUAUGAAGCCUUAUAAGAGUCUUCAGAGGUCAGAUCUCAAAGAAUUGAAACGGCUUUGUAAGCCUGACUUGAAAGCCCGGCUGGCCACUGGUGCAUUAAGGGGUAUUUCCAAACUCGAGAAUUUUGUUUAG